CUGGAUUUCAAGCGUUGAGCGUUUAGUUCGACUCGGUGAGCGUUGCCCGCCGUUUCACCGUUCGCCGCUCUCAGUUGCCGAAUAUCGAAGUGUUAAGUCGCCAUCUUGCGUAUCGAUCGGAGUGGUGAUGCUUGUUUGUUUGCAGCCAACUUCACUCGGGUGUAGAAAUUUCUCUACUUUUGUGUAGUGUGAGGUCCUCCGCCGUUUGUGCCCUCGAUGUGUGCUGCUCCGUGAUAAUAAGGAGAGAGAGAAAAAAAAAACGAAAUAAAAAAAUAAAUAUACACAUAAUAACACUAGUGUAUACGUAAUAUCGACAAUAGAAAUCUAAAGAAAAAAAAAAAAAAACUCAUCAAUUUCUUCUUUCAAAAUUAAUCCAUCAGUGUGUUGUAUACUUGUAAUAAUAACCUCAGGAGCCACUUUCCGGUGGUUGCCUAAGAAUUAACUGUUGCGAUGGUUGACUAUUACCGGAUCCUCGACGUCUCACGAAGUGCCACUGGAGCCGAUAUAAAAAAAGCAUACAGAAAAUUAGCACUAAAAUGGCAUCCCGACAAGAAUCCAGAAAAUUUAGACGAAUCAAACAAAAAGUUCAAGGAGAUCUCGGAAGCUUACGAAGUUUUAAUCGAUGAUGCGAAAAGAAGAACGUACGAUCAGCGAUUGUAUCAGAAGGCGUCAUCAAGGCCAGGCCGUGGAUUCACCUUCAGGACUUUCUUUGACUCUCCUUUCCAGCGAUAUUUUGAAAAGAAAAGACGCGUCUACGAUCAGUUCGGAAAGGAAGGUCUUCACAUGCCUCCCGGCAGUAAAAGGCGUCACGAGGAUGAAUUCGACAGACAAUUUGGCGGUCCGUUUGUUUUCAGAGAUCCUGAAGAUGUGUUUAGAGAAUUCUUUGGCGGAACACCAUUCGAGGAUCUAUUUGCUGGUUUUCACGGGGGCGGCACACGUCGCGGACUUAACAGACACAGUCAUCCGAGCAACAACAGCCUAAGCGCACCGUUCUUUGGACCACUGGGACUCAGUUUGGGACCACAUUUGCAGGAUGUACUCGGAGCCAGAGACGGUAGUUUCACAUCGUUUAGUACAUUUAACAGUAGCUUCGGCGGGCCGAGCGGUGGAGCAGCUGUGAAGAGGACGAGUACAUCGACGAGGUUCAUCAAUGGAAAAAAGAUAACAACGAAAAAAGUAUGCGAGAAUGGGAGAGAAACGAUAAUGUCCUACGAGAACGACGUGUUGAAGUCAAAGACAGUGAACGGCGUACCACAAUCUAUAACGUGUGAGGGGCCGUCUACGAGUCGUCGGAUUACAGAAGAAUCCAAAGGUGCAAGUUUCAAUCAUAAUAUAAAUCAAGAUUCGUCAAAGUAUUCGAAUGAUUUGAAAUCCAAGAAGAAAUCGCCGAUAACUUCAUGUUUGAAUAUGAGAGCACAGAAAAAUAAAAAAUGAGUAACCAACGUCUGCCAAUAUACCUAUUUAGUUCAUAGAGUUGUCUAUAAAUUUCCGUGUCUCUAUAAUAAUUAUAUAUUAUCCAAAAGAUGAAUUGAAAUUGACGUUAAUUGUUUACAUUUCAAUUUUCAUCUUAUUCUUGUUUGGUUACGAAGCGGGCAAUCAGGGAAAGUUGAAGUUUAGCAAAAGUAAAGAAUAAAAAUUAUUAAAGUUUUGUUUGAGAAAACGAUGGUGAAAAAUAUUUGAAUGAAAUUCUGAAUAAGGAAUAUUCGAAUUGAAAUGAAAUUGCACGAUGUCAUCCGAGCUUGACAUAUCCGUAGUAAUGAAAUUGUAGAAACCGCGACGUAUUUCUAGAAUAAAAUUGAAAAGCUAGUAUAAUUUGUAGAGAACGAACAAAAAAGAAAGAAACAAACAAGUGACAAGAAAUUGUCUGAAAAAAAAAAAAAAAAUGAUACAUCGAUAUUUAUCUGCAUACAGAUUGCUGUUACGUAUGAUGAGUAUCGAUUUGAUGAAUAAUUGUUUGUUAGACGUUGGCAAUGUUGCUAGAUAAAAUAAAAAUUGAAUCUAUGAGAACAGCCUAUGCCGUUAAACGAAUUAUAGCCAAUGCUACGAAUAUAGUAAGAAUGAAACUAAUUUAUAACGAUUAAA